AUGGCACGGAUGAGGUGGCUCAUCGGACUGAUCGGCCUCGGUGUUUUUUCACAAGCGCAGUCGCGGCGCGCGGCCAUCCUGCUAACGGGCCACGUGCGCACCUUUGAUCUCACGGCGCCGACGCUCGACGAGUUUCUCAUCAAAGCGAAUCCGACGUACACGUUCUCGAUCUUCUGCGCGACCUACCAGGAGCGCGAGGCCCACGCCAUCACCAGCCGCCAGGGUAAGACGGAACAGAAGAGCCUCGACGAGGACGAGCUCUACGCAGUCUACGCGCCCUUCGUCCCGCGCGACCGCUUCCACGCCGAGCUCUAUCGGCCGUGGGAUAUCAAGUCUGGGUUGCCGUUCUUCAACCCCCAGCAUGCCAGAAACCGGACGCAGGCCGGCAUCCGCAAGUACAAAAGUUAUUUGAGAAGGAUCCGGCACUCGUCGAUGUUCGAGCUCAUCAAGCGCGGUUACUUGAUGAUCGAGCGGCGGCCGGAGGCGUAUGACGUGAUCAUCAAGUUCCGCUUCGAUCUGGGCCUCAAGGCGCCCCUUGUCUUCAACGAAAGAUGGAUCGAGCGAGGGCUCGUCGUGCUACCGGUGCAGAUCGCCGACGGCGGCGCGGGCAUCGUACCCAGGGCAUUGGCGACGCGGCCCUGUUCCAAAGACGGAAGCGCGAGCCAACGGCCGAAGUGGGUGCAGGACCACGUCGGCUACGCGUCGCCCGCGACGUUCCGCAAGUUCUCGGUCAAUGUCCAACGCUACAACCUCCGCAAGGCGACUCGCGCGCAUCCGGGGCAAGCUCGGAACCCCGAGCACUACCUCGCCGAGAGCCUCAAGGAGCAGAAGGUCCGCAUGAAUUGCGACGCUUCCAUUCAAUACACGGUCAAGAGGCGCUACAUAAAGCCGCCGAAGUGGAAUUGGAACCGGAACAAGACGGCGCCUUCUCGCGCUCGUGCGGUGCACGCGAUGCGUGCGGACGCGGCGCGCAUUAGUGGGCCGCGGCGCGGUGCGGACGGGCAACCGCGAUACGCUAUGGCCAUGUACGUCGAUGACAACAAGCAUGUAUUAGGUCUGUACAGCAUUCUUCGCCAGGCGAUCAACACAGGAAUGGUCGCCGACGGGAUCGAGGUCGUUGUGGCCACGACUGCGCCGCCACAGUAUCAUUCACUACCGCGCUACCAUGAGCUCCGUUACCUCAUGCGGUGGCGCGACGAGGGCUUGAUUCACAAGCUCGUCCCCGUCGACAACAGUAUCAUCAUGAAGAAAAUCCACAACAAGGGUCUGUGGGAGGGCGUCUUCCUGUGUGGAAAUCAACCAGUGUGUCGGGUGCACCCGAUCGGCGCGUCGAUGGCGUGGAGGACGACGCGAUGAUUCAGCACGAACGCCGUAAAAUUUUGAUUUCCACACAGGAGUCUUCAACAAGCUCUUUUUCUUCAAUUUCACGGAAUACGACAAGAUUAUUCAAUUGGACUGCGAUAUUUUCAUUCGACAGAACAUCGCUCACUGGUUCGACUACGCGACGCCCAUCGCCAUCCAGGAGCGAGACACGAUGGAAUGGAACACGGGUGCCAUGGUCCUCACGCCCAACCGCACCGUGUUCGACGCGAUGCUCGCCAAGCUCCCCGAGGUCCAGAAAUUCGACCACAACAAGGCGACACGCGACGACCCCGACGGCUGGAAUUCCGCCUACUACGACCAGGGAUUCCUGUCUGCCUUUUUCACCGCGAGCACCGAUCCAACGGAGCGAAUGAAAACCAUGUCGACCGGCGACGCCGUCCUCAUCAGUUCCCUGCAGACCGACCGGAUGAGGUAUUUCUGGUUCCACCGCAACCACGUGUUCUCGACGGUCCACCUCACCACCGCGAAACCCUGGAGUAGCAAGUGCAGACCGAAAAGCCCCCUUAGCCGGUGCAAACCGAAAAGCCCCGUGGCCUGCGACGUGCUGCGCGAAUGGGCCCUGUCGGUGCGGGGAUUGGAGAAGUACGACCUCCAAGAGGAAUACCGAGACGUCGCCAGCAGCACGCCGGCCUAUCUCGAAAAUUGCCCCAAGGCCGCGACACCGGUGAUACCCGCGUACCUCAGAUUUCCGAGGCGCGCGCCCGAACCGAAGGGUUCGCUCUAA